CGGCUUGUUUGGAGCUAACCGUGGAGUGGCUCGAGGUGAGGCAACGUGAGCCCUUGUGGAGUGGAAGCGGGCUCUUGAGGCUCGAGGUGAGGCAACGUGAGCCCUUGUGGAGUGGAAGCGGGCUCUUGAGGCUCGAGGUGAGGCAACGUGAGCCCUUGUGGAGUGGAAGCGGGCUCUUGAGGCUCGAGGUGAGGCAACGUGAGCCCUUGUGGAGUGGAAGCGGGCUCUUGAGGCUCGAGGUGAGGCAACGUGAGCCCUUGUGGAGUGGAAGCGGGCUCUUGAGGCUCGAGGUGAGGCAACGUGAGCCCUUGUGGAGUGGAAGCGGGCUCUUGAGGCUCGAGGUGAGGCAACGUGAGCCCUUGUGGAGUGGAAGCGGGCUCUUGAGGCUCGAGGUGAGGCAACGUGAGCCCUUGUGGAGUGGAAGCGGGCUCUUGAGGCUCGAGGUGAGGCAACGUGAGCCCUUGUGGAGUGGAAGCGGGCUCUUGAGGCUCGAGGUGAGGCAACGUGAGCCCUUGUGGAGUGGAAGCGGGCUCUUGAGGCUCGAGGUGAGGCAACGUGAGCCCUUGUGGAGUGGAAGCGGGCUCUUGAGGCUCGAGGUGAGGCAACGUGAGCCCUUGUGGAGUGGAAGCGGGCUCUUGAGGCUCGAGCAAGCAGUGAUGUUCAGGGAUGUGGCUGUAGACUUCUCACAGGAGGAGUGGGAAUUUCUGGACUUGAAGCAGAGGGACUUGUACAGAGAUGUGAUGUUGGAGAACUACAGCCACUUGGUUUCAUUGGGACUCUCUCUUCCUAAACCAACUUUGAUUUCCUUUUUGGAACAAGAUAAUGAGCCUUGGAUUGUUGAGAAAGAGUCACCAAAAAGCCUAUACCCAGAUGUGAAAUCCCAAUGUGCAACAAAGGAGUUAUCAUCAAAGGAUGACAAUUAUGAAAUGAAGUUAUCUCAAAGAAAGAAAAUGGAAAGACUUACAAGCCAUGACCUUGGAUGUUCCAUUUUUCAAGAUGAUUGGAAGUAUAAUCAUCAUUUUCAGACAGAACAGAGAAAUCAAGAAGAAUAUCUUAAAGUUGUGACAAUCACCCAUGAAAAUAUGCAAAGUCUCAGUCAACAAAUAUCCUAUAAUCUACAUCAGAUAUAUCAUACUAGGCAAAAACCCUAUGAAUGCAGAGAAUGUGGGAAAGUCUUCAAUUACCACUCACUGCUAAUUCACCAUGGGAGAAAUCACACCAAAGAAAAAUGCUAUGAAUAUAAGGAUUGUGGAAAGGCUUUUAGCAGUUGCUCAAAACUUACUGGACAUCAGAGAAUUCAUAAUGGAGAAAAACUCUAUGAAUGUAAUGAGUGUGGGAAAGCUUUCCACCACCCCUCAAAUCUCAUUCGACAUCAGAGAAUUCAUACUGGAGAAAGACCCUAUGAAUGUAAGGAAUGUGGAAAGGCUUUUAGUCGUGGCUCACACCUUACUCUACACCAGAUAAUUCAUACUGGAGAGAAACCCUAUGAAUGCAAAGAAUGUAGAAAAGCUUUCAGUUACCACUCAUCCCUCAUUCGACAUGAAAAAACACAUACUAAAGAAAAACACUAUGAAUGUAAAGAAUGUGGGAAGGCUUUUAGCAACAGCUCGAUUCUUAAGGGACAUCAGAGAGUUCACAGUGGAAAAAGACCCUAUGAAUGUGGGGAAUGUGGGAAAGCCUUCCAUCACCACUCAAUCCUUAUUCAACAUCAGAGAAUUCACACUGGAGAAAGACCCUAUGAAUGUAACAAUUGUAAUAAAGCCUUCCGUUAUCAUUCAAAUCUUAUCGGACAUCAAAAAAUUCAUCAAAAAGCAAAACUCUUUGAGUGUAAGGAAUGUAGACAGUCCUUUAGUCAUAACAGAGAACUUUCACACCAUUAAUGAAUUCAUACUGGUGAAAAACUUUAUGAAUGUAAGGAAUGUGGCAAAUCUUUUGGUCAAGGAGCACAACUUAUUCAUAAUCAGAUAAUUCACACUGGUGAGAAACCCUAUGAAUGUAAGGAGUGUGGGAAGACCUUUAUCCGUGGUUCGUCACCCUCUCAACAUCAGAAAAUUCAUACUGGGGAAAAAUCUUAUGAAUGUGCUGAAUUUGGAAAGAUCUUCACCCAGAAGUCACAGCUCAGGGUACAUCUGAAAGUUCAUACAGGAGAAAAACUUUAUGUGUGCAUCGACUGUGGGAAGGCUUUUGUAAAGAAGCCAGAAUUCAUUACACAUCAGAGAACCCAUACUAGAGAGAAGCCCUAUAAAUGCAGUGAAUGUGGAAAAGCUUUUUUCCAAGUAUCUUCUCUCUUAAGGCACCAGAGAAUUCAUACUGGAGAAAAACUUUAUGAAUGCAGUGAAUGUGGAAAAGGAUUCUCUUAUAACUCCGAUCUCAGUAUACAUCAAAAAAUUCAUACUGGAGAGAGACACCAUGAAUGCAGUGAUUGUGGCAAAGCAUUUACACAAAAGUCCACACUCAAGAUGCAUCAGAAGAUUCAUACAGGUGAGCGAUCCUAUAUAUGUAUCGAAUGUGGACAGGCCUUCAUCCAGAAGACACACUUGAUUGCACACCGAAGAAUUCAUACUGGAGAAAAACCAUAUGAAUGCAAUAACUGUGGGAAGUCCUUCAUUUCUAAGUCACAACUCCAGGUACAUCAACGAAUUCACUCAAGAAUGAAACCCUUUAUAUAUACUGAAUAUGGGAAGAUGUUUAAUAAUAGUUCCAACCUUAUUACACAUAAGAAAGUUCAAAUUAGAGAGAAAUCUUCCAUAUGUACUGAAUGUGGUAAGGCCUUUACGUACAGGUCAGAACUGAUUAUACAUCAGAGAAUUCACACUGGGGAAAAACCUUAUGAAUGCAGUGAUUGUGGAAAAGCCUUUACUCAGAAGUCAGCACUCACAGUGCACCAGAGAAUUCAUACAGGAGAAAAAUCAUAUGUAUGCAUGAAAUGUGGACUAGCCUUCAUCCAGAAGGCUCACUUGAUUGCACAUCAAAUAAUUCACACAGGAGAGAAACCUUAUAAAUGUGGCCACUGUGGGAAAUCCUUUACUUCUAAGUCACAACUCCAUGUACAUAAACGAAUUCACACAGGAGAGAAACCUUAUAUGUGCACUAAAUGUGGGAAGGCAUUCACCAACAGGUCAAAUCUUAUUACACAUCAGAAAACUCAUACAGGAGAGAAAUCUUAUAUAUGUCCCAAAUGUGGAAAGGCCUUCACACAAAGGUCAGAUUUGAUUACGCAUCAGAGAAUUCAUACUGGAGAGAAACCUUAUGAAUGUGGUACCUGUGGAAAAGCCUUUACCCAAAAGUCACACCUCAAUAUACACCAGAAAAUUCAUACGGGAGAAAGACAGUAUGAAUGCCAUGAAUGUGGGAAAGCCUUUAACCAGAAGUCAAUACUCAUUGUGCAUCAGAAAAUUCAUACAGGAGAGAAACCUUAUGUAUGCAGUGAGUGUGGGAGAGCUUUCAUCCGGAAAUCAAACUUCAUUACUCAUCAGAGAAUUCAUACUGGAGAGAAACCUUAUGAAUGCAGUGAUUGUGGGAAAUCCUUCACCUCCAAAUCUCAGCUCCUCGUGCAUCAGCCAAUUCACACAGGAGAAAAACCAUAUGUGUGCGCUGUGUGUGGGAAAGCCUUUAGUGGCAGGUCAAAUCUCAGUAAACACCAGAAAACUCAUACUGGAGAAAAGCCCUACAUCUGUUCUGAAUGUGGGAAGACCUUCAGACAGAAGUCAGAGUUGAUUAUACAUCAUAGAAUUCACACUGGAGAGAAACCUUAUGAAUGCAAUGACUGUGGCAAAUCUUUCACUAAGAAAUCACAACUCCAAGUGCAUCAGCGAAUUCACACAGGAGAAAAGCCUUAUGUAUGUGCUGAGUGUGGGAAGGCUUUCACAGAUAGGUCAAAUUUGAAUAAACACCAGACAACACACACUGGAGACAAACCUUAUAAGUGUGUAGUCUGUGGGAAAGGCUUCGUCCAGAAAUCUGUGCUCAAUGUCCAUCAGAGUAUUCACACUUGAGAGGAAUGGUAUGAGAAAACCUCAGUGAGAUCAGGUCUGAUUUUACAUCAUUGAAUUUGUUCAGAAAAAUAUGCAUAUUAUCAUAAGUAGAAAUACCCCAUCAAAAUGUCACACAUCACUGUACAGAAAAGAGCCUUGAAUGAAGGGGGCCCUUCUCACAUUGUCACUACCUUCAUUAAGCCUUGAGGCAUUCAUACUAGAAGAAAAAGUAAUUUUGUCAAUUUGACAGAUUAGAAGAAGGCUUCUCACAAAAAAUAUGAUGGAACAGGGACGCCUGGGUGGUUCUGUCGGUUGAGCAUCCAGUUCUUGACCUCGGCUCAGGUCUUGAUCUCAUGGUUGUGAGUUUGAGCCCUGUAUUGGGCUCCAAACUGGGCAUGGAGCCUACUUUAAAAAACAAACAAAUGGGCGCCUGGGUGGCUCAGUUGGUUAAGCGACUGCCUUCGGCUCAGGUCAUGAUCCUGGAGUCCCUGGAUCGAGUCCCGCGUCAGGCUCCCUGCUCAGCAGGGAGUCUGCUUCUCCCUCCGACCCUCCCCCCUUUCAUGCUCUCUCUCUCUCAAAUAAAUAAAAUCUUUAAAAAAAAAAACAAAAAAACAAAGACAACAUAUAUAUGAUGGAACAUUGUUACCAAAUUCUGCAUAGGAAAGUUUAUGUUAUGUCGUGUUAAUGAUAAUCCUGUUUACUGUGGAAUAGGUAAAGUGCCAACAAGUUGAAUGGUAGAACAACAUAAUAUAUACAAUAGUGACAAACCCUAAGUUCUGUGAGAUGUUUGCUGCAGAACACAUUGUCUGACAAUUACAGGUGUUUUUUUCAUACUUCUCUUGAAUCUAACAUGGUUGUGUGUAUCCAUCCCCCAUUGAGUAUUUCCAUCAAGAAAGAGAUAACUCAGUAAAAAAGUUCUUUAUGUAUACGGACACAAACCUCAGAGUGUAUGUUGACCCAUUAUCCUCUAGCAUCAUGACUUGUAACCCCCCUUUAUCAUCUACCAGUAAAGUGUCUUUGACCCUCAUGAGUCCCUAGCACAUUGUCUUCUGACACCCAUAAGUGCAUUAGUGCUAAACACUGUGUCUGCUGACUGCCAUUACCUCAUUUAGCUCCCAGCAUAGUGUUUUCUGAACCUCUACUACCCUCAGGAAACUUUCUGAGGUAAGAAUUUUCAGGUCAUUUUGGUCAGCUUUUCAUCCAGUCUCCCUUUUGCUGUCAUAGUUCUAGCUCAUUUGCCUUCCUUAAUGACCUGACAUUUAUAAUAAUAACAAAUCAGUAACUCAUAUUUUAAAAAUCUUGACAUUUGUUCAUGUCUUCUCUAUGUCCAUCUUCAUGCCAUGGGCUCCACAAGCACCUCUCCCCAUGUGCCUCAAACACAUCAGUUCAGGUCCUGUCUCAAGGCCUUUGCACUCUCUUUGAAGAACAAAGUUCCUCAUAUCUGUGUGGUUAGCUCCUUCAUGUCUUCCAGUGGCACCUUUUCACAGAGGCCCCUGUGCUUUCCUGCCUGGUUUAAAAUUUUGGCCCCCUCCCCUCUAUCCUUUAUCCUUCUCCAUAGCACUUACUGCCAUGGUACCCUGUAUAUUUUACUUACUUGUCUAUGGCUCCCACACUAGAAUGUUUUUCCCUGUUUUGUUCACCACUGUGAGCCUUGACCUGUGCCUGACAACAACAAGCAUUCCAUAAAUGCACAUUGUGGAGUGUUGACCCUGUUCAUCACAACUUCCCUUUGAUCUUUUCUAUAUUGCAGCAUAAGAUGCUCCAACGGGGAGAACAAACUUGCCUAAAACACCAAGCUUUUUCAUCUCUAGUUUUUACCUGGGCUGUGCCUCCUUUCUGGCCCUAAAGCUGAAAUAUCACCAUAAACCUUUUGGUCUGAUGCCAGCCACUUGAAAGAAGGCAAAACUGAUACAGUAGAAAUCCCACAUAGAUGCUUGGUGUUCCAGGAUUUCUUACCAUGAUUCAGAAAUACCACAGUGAGCUCCAAAAUCAUUGCAGAAUAGCCUGCUCACUUUGCCCUAGCAUGCACAACCUUACCUCACCCCAGACCCUUACCUAUAGACCCACUCCUUAUGCUCUGACAGGCCCAAAGCUAAUAGUAUGAAGGGGCUAAGAGCAAACAGGGCAGACCUUCCUUGGAAGUUAGGUGUCUGACCCAAGACUGGCAGCAGUGGCUUCUGAUUGAACACUUAGCUGCUGGGCAGCCAAAUUGGAACCAGCAGAAUGGUUCCUCCAGGUCAGUCCACUGGUAACAACUGGGAAUGGGAAGUAGUGGGGUUGUGCAGAGAUGCUCUCGCCUUUGUGAACAACAGCAUAGUGGUUGAGGAUCGGGACAGAACCUGGUCAAGGGGGCAAGCCUAGGAAUUGCCCCUUUACCCUCCUCAAAUUUCGUAGUGCUUAGUGACACAUCCCAUUACUCCACCUUAGAUCAGUGUCUGAUUCAUCUUUAGCUCCCUUUCACCUCACCCUUUCACAGUAUCUGAUGAUCUACCAUAUGCCUUCUAUCUUUGAACAAUGUAUGGUGGGCAACCCACUGUUAACCCCUUUACUUCAUCCAGUACUGUAUCUGGGGUUUUUCUAAAUGUCUUGCAACCCAGAAUUCUGCCCCAACUUAGGACAAUGUUUGCUGACCCCUUAAGAGAGUGUCUUGAGACCCCCUUAUCCUACACCAGCACAGUAUCUGGAUACCCAUUAUCCCUCUUUUACUCCACUACUGUGUGUUUAUCACUCCUCCUUAAUUCCAGGAAAUAGUGUCUGGAGAUUUUCUCAUUACCUCCUCCACAAUUACUUCCAGCAUAAUGUCUGUUACUUCACUUGUGACAAAGUCUAGUAACCUCCAUACUCCUCAUUUAUUCCUACUUUCAUGUAAGUAGUGAUGCAUGACUACUUACUGCAGUCCUCAGAAUAGGGAGCUAUGAUAUACUGCCCCCCCACAACCCAACUAUUAAUAAUAUCUUUUUUUAAAAGAUUUUUAUUUAUUUAUUUGACAGAGAGAGACAGCGAGGGAGGGAACACGGGGAGUGGGAGAGGGAGAAGCAGGCUUCCCGCUGAGCAAAGAGCCCGAUGUGGGGCUCGAUCCCAGGACCCCGGGAUCAUGAUCCAAGCCGAAGGCAGACGCUUAACGACUGAGCCACCCAGGUGCCCCUAAUAAUAUCUUCUAAAACUCUCUCUAUACUUAUAGUAGAAUGGUUUUUGAUCUCCCUCCAAUACUUGUCCAUCACAACAAUGGUAACUAAUUAUCUCCCAUUUCCCCACCUAGCAGUGUCUGUAAUGAUCCCCAACCCAGCAUGUGGUGAUGCCCUUAAUAACCUCUGAACACUGGUAAGUGCCAUUAACCUGCUUUGCUCCCCACAAAUAAGGGCAAUGACUUAUAAUGCACCAUAAACUCCACAUUUUCAUCUGCAUUUUGGAGCCUCCACUAUCCCCCGUCUCUGUAGGACCUCUUAAUAACCAGCAAAAAGUGUUGAUGCCCAUUACCCAGUAACACAUUAUCUGUGACCACUCCAUUAAAUCCUGGUAGUAUUUGCUUUUCCCCAGUUGGUCCCCACUAACAUAAUGCUGAUUCCCCAUUGCCCACAUUGCUUCACGAGGCCCCUGAGUGGCUACUGCAAGUUCUCCAGCAUUGCUUCUCCACAUCCCCACUAUUUGCAUGGACAGGAGACCUGGAAGAGGGAGAAGGGUUGAGGAUGAGAUCCUAGCUUCAUAGAUCCCUCUGGGGAAUUAGUGGCCCAGAGUGGGCUAGAGAGGAUCUGAGGGCAUCAGAAGACCACAAGCUGAGCUUCCCAUGAUACAGUCAGAGAAUAGAGAACAGAGAAGGCUAUGGAUGUGGAUCCAAAUCCUGGUGCCAACACUGAUCUGCAAACUUUCCCUCCGGGCCUCAAUUGCCUCACCUAUAAAAUGUAAUUAUGGAGAAUGAAGUGACUUAAUAUAAGUCAGGGCUUAUUAAGGGAGCAGGGCUAGUGGAGCUCACUGAGGGUAUCCUGUUAUUGUUAAUAAUAUUACUAGUUAUAAAUUGACACAAGCAUCUGACCAACAUCUGUAUGGCUGUGCCCAAACCUCACAGAGGGAAACAUGUUAUUUUAUUGUAAGUUACUUUCAAUUAUUUCUCUUUUAUAUGUAUUAUGAUACUGGAGUACUGAGAUAUUUUUAAAGUCAGAUAUAUUGAGGUAUUUAUAUAAGAUAAUAUUUACUUUUAGUGUACAAUUCUGAGUUUUGACAGAUGCAUACAAUUAUGUAAUCAACACCAUAAUCAAAGACAGAGAACAUUUCCUUCGCUCCCCAAAAUUCCUUCUUAUCCCUUUUUAGGCACUUUCUCUCCCUAUUUCCAGCCUCUUGCAGUCACUAAUUUGAUCUGUUUCUUGUCUCUAUAGUUUUGCUUUUUUCCACAAUGUUAUAGAAAUAUGUGUGCAUGUACAUAUGCAUGUAUCUCCUUUUGAGUCUGACAUCUCAUUUUAUGAUUUAUUUGAAAUUCAUCCAUAUGGUUGUAUGAGAUACAGAUGGAAAAUAAGCUAAUGAAAAGAUGCUCAACAUAAUUAGUCAGAAAAAUGCGAAUUAAGACCAUGAUGAGAUACCACUACACACUUAUUAGAAUGGCUUUAAAAAAAUUUUUUUUAAAUAGUACCAAAAGUUGUUGAGGAUGCAUAGCAGUGGAAACUUUCAUGUGUUGCUGUUGGAAAGGUAAAGUGGUUUAUCCACUCUGAACCAAAAUUUGGCAAGUUCUUAUAAAAUUAACCAUAUACUAACCCUAUGACCCAGCAAUCCCACUCCUUGGUACUUAACCUAUAGAAAUGAAAAAUUACAUAUGGACUCAAAUGUUCACAGAAACUAUUGCCAAAAGAUUGGAAACAGACCAAAUAUCAUCAGUGGGUGAAUAAUUCAGCAAAUUGAAGGACAGCUAUACGAUGGGAUACUACUUACCCAUAAAAGGGAAUGAUUUAUUGACACAAGCUACAACGUGGAUGAAUCUCAAAAGUAUUAUGUUUUACCAUGUGAUAAUUUAAAUUAUAUUUGAUAAAAAAUUAUUAGAUAUUAGAUUAUAAAUAUAAAUAGGUUUGUAUAAUUUUAUGUGCAUAUUAUUACAUAUUAUAGUAAUAUUGUAUAUUUACAAUAUAUAGCACAUAUUUAUUGUAUAUUCCUUAUAAUAAAAUGCUUAUUUUAUGAUAUAUGUAUUGUAUGAUUAUUGAAUUAUAUAAUUUUUAUAAUAUAUCAAACUUUCACAUAACACUUCAGUUAUUUGUAUUUUUACAUGUUUACGUAAAUUUAACGUUUAUAGUGUAAAGUUGUAACUAGAAUAAAAGGGAGCUUAUUGUCUGGAGAGCCUGCAGUUGUAGCUGGUCAACAUUUUUAAUAUUUGUCAACAGCUCAACUCUGGCUGUUCUUAACAAGGAAGUUUGCUCCACUUUGCCCAGCUGUGUUCUCUGAGAGUACUCUGUCUCCCCAAUGCCCAUGCAGCUUCCUGUCUUUUCCAUUCUUUGGAGAACCCCCUGCCACCAUCCUUCAACCAUUGUAUGUGAAGUAACACUUCUUGUGAUCACUUUGUAUUUUGUACUGUAUUUGUGUUGCAAGUACCACCAUCUGACCUGAUAUUAAAUAUUUCUGUUUUUGGUUUAUCAUUCACCCCUCCCCACUGGACUGUCAACUUCAUGAUGCCCAGACUUUAUCUUGUUCUUACUGUGUUCAAGGCACCCAGCAUAGCACUAGCACAAAGCAGACACUCUGUAUAAGUUUUUUUUUUUAAGAUUUAUUCAUGAGAGAGAGAGAGAGAGAGCCUGCUCGGGUGGGGGGAGGGACAAAGGGAGACACUCUUCAAGCAGACUCCCUGCUGAGCACAGAGCCUGAGCUGGGGCUCAAUCCUAUGACCCACCACACCCUGAGCUGAAACCAAGUCAGAUGUUCAACCGACUGAGCCACCUAGGCGCCCCUCUGUAUAAGUUUGUUAAAUGGAAGAAUGAAUGAUAGUAAUAGCAGCAAGGCUGACCAAGUGCCCCACACCAAGUGAGCUAAACUCAUGGUGGGGGGGAGGUGAGGGAGGGAAGGUAGGUUGGUUACAUGCCCCCUAAUUCAAGAUUUAAUGCCCCUUCCCACACCUCAGCAUAUCUAAGCCCUAACCCUUCCUCACCCAACCUCAACCACCCCAUCCUUCCCCUCCCCAGUAUAUCUGACCUGCAUCCUUUCCCAGCAUCCACAAGGUCAGUGCUGUGUCUCCUUACUCAGCCUCCUGGUUGCAGUGGGCAAGCCAUGUAGAGUGGGGAGGGACAAUAGCAGGGAACCAAUAGGGGCCCUCCUGUCAGCAUCCACCCCAGCACUUCUGUAUCCCAUGAUCCCAUGUGGUCUGCCCUGCCUCCUCCACCAGAAGAACCACCAGUGGAUAUGAAACUCUGGGGACAAGAGGAAGGUGGCAGCGCUGAGGCUUUCCAGCUCCAGGCACCUUGCCGGACAAUAAAUAUGACACAAUGUGGCAGGUGACCCUGUGGCAAGGUUGGGUUAAAGCCAUAAUUGUCAUGGGCACUUGCCCUAAUAGCAGGAUAGGCUGAGCCCUUCACCCUCAGCCGUCAAUUGGGGUACUGGUGCUGGUGUGACUAUUAUCUAUAUUAUAUUAUCCCCUAACCACACCCCACCCCACUUUCCAUGCCAUACAUCAUACCAUACCAUACACAAUACCAUACCAGUUAUUAACCAUUUUACUUAAUUCCAUAAUUAUAUUGAUUCUAUUACUGAAGUAUAAUUAAAUGUAUCAAAAUUUCUGCCAUUA